CUUCUCAAACCUCAGAUAUACCUGAAGCAGUACGCCCCAAAACAGGCCGAGUUCGUGGACUCGUGCGCGCAGACGAAGUACGACGAUGGCUGCUUGGUUACUGAAGGAAAGCUUGUCACCUUCUUAACAAAGUUCGUCAUCCCACGAGGCAGCAAACGACAGAAAGUGGAAGGCGGAGAAGGCAAGACCUUAAGUUUAGCUGGUGUAGAAGCCUACGCAAAGGCAGUCAUCGAUUUAUACAAGCUUCAACAGACACGAAAGACGAACAUCCACCCUCAUCCACGCGGUAAGGCGUAUAAAUUUCUAUUCGACACCCUAAAGAGGAAAGACGGAGAGAAAACGAACGAACUAUGA